AUGUCAGCUCCUGGAAUUCAAGGAACCACAUUGAAGGCAUCAUUGACCCGCUUCACUGAUGACCUGCAACAACCUGACUUUACUGAUGGGCCACCGCAUCAUAAUGCGACCACAGUAAGGGACUUUUGGGUCAAUGAGUUUGACUGGUUCCAAGUCCAAGAAAAUCUAAAUAAGAAAUACAAGCAAUUUACAACCACAGUGUCGGCGGGUGACAUUUUCACGCAUCCUAUACCUCUACAUUUCGUACAUCACCGGUCUGCACGCCCUAAUGCAAUCCCCCUCCUCUUUCUUCAUGGUUGGCCGGGCAGCUUCCUCGAGGUGGGCGAAAUAAUCGACGGUCUCACCAACCCUCCCAAUGAAUCGACUCCCGCCUUCCACGUUGUCGCUCCCAGCAUGCCCGGAUUCGGUUUCUCGCCUGCGCCCUCAGUACCAGGUUUGGGCCCAAUUGCCCUUGCAGACGCAUACAACGACCUUAUGGUUAACAAGCUCAACUACUCGAAAUACUGCCUUCAAGGAGGCGACCUAGGAGGUUUCGUCCUCCAUGAGCAAGCAGGACGCCACCCCGAAUCUGUCCUCUCCGCCCUCUCCAAUUUUUGGGUGGUCCAGCCUAACAGCACCGAUCUAGAGCGUUUCCACGCUGGAUUAUCUACCCCUGAUGAGGAGUUCGUCAUUAACAAGAUCAUGGAUUUUGAGCAUGUCGGCUCCGGUUACCGCCUGAUCAUGCAGACUAAGCCAUUGUCACUUGCAACCGGCAUGACCGAUAGCCCAGUCGGGCUUGCUAUGUGGAUUUACAGUUUAAUGCAUGAGUUCGUCCAAUUCCAUGUCUGGACUCCCUUGGAGAUCGUUACUUGGACCAUGAUGUACUGGAUCCAGGGUCCGUACUCUUCAUUUCGAUAUUAUAAAGAACACGUUACCGACCAUAUUUUCGAAAACGGCCUAGCAAUCAAUACGUCUUCAUUUCCAUAUGUCCACCAGCCCGUCGCCAUUUCAGAAUUCCCUGCGGACCUUUGGUACAGAACCCCAAUGGACUGGGCUCAGCGUAGCGGGAACGUGGUUAGAAGAACCGUACACGACCGAGGAUCGCAUUUCGCUUCCAUUGAGACGCCUCUGGUGCUAAUCGAUGACUUGCGCUCUUUCUUCGGUAAUGCGACCCUGUCCAACACGGAAGCCUUUAAUGGGGGCAAGCUGUGA